AAAAACCGGUAUUUUACUACGAAAACAAAACCAUAGCUCCUCCCUUGCAAGUCUUUCUUUUCUUCGCGUAGCAACCAGCACCACCAUCAUCUGUUUCUCUUUCUCUUUAUAAGGACAUGCCAACGACGGUUUCCGGUGACUAUCUCGACGCAGGAAGACUUUUUGGAUGUCAGCGACGGAGCCACUCAUGGCAGGCGCCAUCAGUUCUGAUGCUGCAUUGCUGCAGCAAUCUUUUUCCUUCCGGCAGUUUCCUGAACUAGGUUGGAUUUUCGAUGAAUUGCCGAAAGCGACGAUUGUAUCUGUUUCGAGACCUGAUACCGGCGAUAUUAGCCCCAUGCUCCUCUCUUACACCAUUGAAUUGCAGUACAAGCAGUUCAAGUGGCGGCUACUGAAGAAAGCAUCUCAAGUUCUCUAUUUACAUUUUGCUUUGAAGAGACGUGCAUUUAUUGAGGAAUUUCAUGACAAACAAGGGCAGGUUAAGGAAUGGCUCCACAGCUUAGGAAUAGUAGAUCAUCAUGUAGCAGUUGUGCAGGAUGCUGAUGAACCUGAUGAUGGUGCAGUUCCUUUGCAUCAAGAAGAAAGUGUUAGAAACAGAAAUGUCCCCUCCAUUGCUGCUUUGCCAAUCCUCCGUCCAGCAUUAGGAGGGCAGCAGGCCAUUUCAGACAGAGCAAAGGUGGCAAUGCAGAAUUAUCUGAAUCAUUUCCUAGGAAACAUGGAUAUUGUAAACUCUCGAGAGGUCUGCAAAUUUCUGGAGGUCUCUAAGCUCUCUUUUUCACGGGAAUAUGGUCCAAAGUUAAAAGAAGGUUAUGUGAUGGCUAAGCAUCUAUCAAACAUCUCCUGUACUGAUGCUAAUAUUAGAUGCUGUCCAUGCAGUUUGUUUGAUUGUUGUAAUAACAAUUGGCGAAAGGUGUGGGCUGUUUUGAAACCUGGGUUCUUGGCCUUGUUGGAAGAUCCUUUCGACACCAAAUUAUUAGAUAUUAUUGUUUUUGAUGUUCUACCAACCUCAAAUGGGAAUGGUGGGUCUCUAGUAUAUUUAGCAAACAAGGCAAAGGAACACAAUCCUUUGCGUUAUUCAUUUAAGAUUUCUUCUGGAAGUCGGAGCAUAAAAUUAAGAACUACAAGUAGUGGCAAAGUUAAGCAGUGGGUUACUGCAAUCAAUGAUGCUGGUUUAAGGCCUCUAGAGGGUUGGUGUCAUCCUCACCGCUUUAGUUCAUUUGCUCCUCCAAGGGGUUUAACUGAUGAUGGGAGUCAAGCACAAUGGUUUGUAGAUGGGCAAGUAGCUUUUGAAUCAAUUGCUUUUGCAAUAGAGAAUGCAAAGUCAGAGAUAUUUAUUACUGGCUGGUGGCUUUGCCCUGAACUUUAUCUUAGACGCCCUUUCCAAAGUAAUUCCAUCUCUCGGCUUGAUUCUUUGCUAGAAGCUAAAGCUAAGCAAGGCGUUCAGAUUUAUAUUCUUCUCUAUAAGGAAGUUGCUAUUGCUUUGAAAAUUAACAGUUCGUACAGCAAGAAAAGGCUCCUUAACAUUCAUGAGAAUGUGAGGGUACUGCGCUACCCUAACCAUUUUUCAUCUGGUGUCUAUCUAUGGUCACACCACGAAAAACUUUUAAUUGUUGACUACCAGGUUUGCUUUAUUGGAGGAUUAGAUUUAUGCUUUGGUCGUUAUGAUACUAUGGAACACAGAGUUGGUGAUUGUCCUCCUCAUAUAUGGCCUGGAAAGGACUAUUACAAUCCAAGAGAAUCUGAACCAAAUUCUUGGGAGGACACAAUGAAAGAUGAAUUGCAUCGUGAAAAAUAUCCACGCAUGCCAUGGCAUGACAUCCAUUGUGCCCUUUGGGGACCAGCUUGCCGUGAUAUCGCUAGACACUUUGUUCAGCGCUGGAACCAUGCGAAGAGAAGCAAAGCUCCAAAUAAGCAAACAAUUCCAUUAUUGAUGCCUCACCACCACAUGGUCCUUCCUCACUACAUGGGAAAAAGUAGAGAGAUAGACAUUGAAAACAAGAAAGCAGAAAAAUAUGAGAAAGAUAUUGCAAGACAGGAUUCCUUCUCACUAUCCCCAUUGCAAGAUGUCCCAUUGCUUUUGCCUCAGGAAGCUGAUGGACUAGUUCUGUAUAGUGUAGACCAAAAGUUAACAACUGAAUACAAGAAUGAGAAUCUUCCUGAUCAACCAACUGGAUUUUGUGGAAGUUUCUCAUUCUCCUUCCAGAAGUCCAAAGUUGAAUCUUUAGUUCCGGAUACACCUGUGGAGAAUUGUGUCAAUGAACUAGACUCUAUGCAUCUUCAAAGUAAUACUCAUAUGUCAGAUGAAUGGUCAGGAACAUCAGAGGAAGAUGAUCAUGAUGUUUCUGCUGGUGAAUAUGGACAAGUUGGGCCACGUACUGCAUGUCAUUGUCAGGUCAUCAGAAGUGUCUGUCAAUGGUCUGCUGGAGCCAGCCAAACUGAAGAAAGCAUCCACUAUGCUUAUUGUUCUCUUAUUGAGAAGGCACAACAUUUUAUCUACAUAGAGAAUCAGUUUUUCAUAUCAGGCCUUUUUGGAGAUGAGAUUAUACAGAACCGAAUCCUGGAUGCAUUGUACAAGCGUAUUUUGCAAGCACAUAAAGAACAGAAGUGUUUUCGUGUCAUCAUUGUCAUACCACUCUUACCAGGCUUCCAGGGAGGUAUAGAUGAUGGUGGGGCAGCAACAGUUAGAGCCAUAAUGCAUUGGCAGUAUCGGACCAUUUCCAGAGAAAAAACUUCAAUAUUGUAUAAUCUCAAUCAGUUGCUUAUCCCUAAAACACAUGAUUACAUUUCAUUUUAUGGACUGAGGACAUAUGGUAGACUUUUCGACGGCGGUCCUAUUGCCACAAGCCAGGUGUAUGUGCAUAGCAAAGUUAUGAUAGUAGAUGAUCGUGUUGCCUUGAUUGGAUCGUCUAAUAUUAAUGACAGAAGUUUGCUUGGAUCAAGAGACUCAGAGAUUGGGGUGGUCAUUGAAGAUAAGGAGUUUGUUGAUUCAUCCAUGAAUGGAGAGCCUUGGAAAGCUGGAAAAUUUACACAUAGCUUGCGGUGCUCACUGUGGUCAGAGCAUCUUGGUCUUGAUGCAGGAGAGAUCUUUAAAAUCAGUGAUCCUGUAGCAGAGACAACUUAUAUAGAUUUAUGGUUGACAACUGCAAAGGAAAAUACAAGGAUCUACCAGGAUGUCUUUGGUUGUCUGCCAAAUGAUCUCAUACACUCAAGAGCUGCUCUAAGACAAAGCGUGAACCAUUGGAAGGAGAAACUCGGUCACACAACCAUUGAUUUAGGAAUAGCUCCUGAGAAGCUAGAAUUUCAUGAAAAUGGAGAGACAAAGGUGAUAGACACAAUGGAAAGGCUAAAAUCAAUAAAGGGACACCUUGUAUCCUUCCCCUUGGAGUUCAUGCGUCAAGAAGAUCUGAGACCAGUAUUCAACGAGAGUGAGUUUUAUGCAUCUCCUCACGUAUUUCAUUAGCUUGGAAUCGUAAAGAGGCUGGAAAUGGGUAGAGAGAGCGACAAAACAAAUGGGAAAAAAAGUUACUAACAGAUACUAACACGUUAACGAUUUCUAAAAAUGUGUUGGGUUAGAUGAUCUUACGGCCACAUUGGCUUUGAUGUAUUCUCUGUACAAGAAAAGAAUUGUUUGUAGAAGAAAAAUAAAAAGUGUACAGCAAUGUUAACAUUCUUUUACUCUAUAUUCAAGGUAGUGGUGAAGUUGUUUCAAAGAAAAACAAUAUUAAAUUAUUUCAA